GCCGGGCCUUGCAGACCGUAGAGUGGAGCGGGAUGGCUCUGCAUACGCAGACGUCUCAGAGGUUAUUCUGCAGGGUGGGGGUUUGGCAAGGAACGGCCGUCCCAUGCAGCUUCUUCUUGAAUCGGUGGAUCCCCCGCCAGGUGGGCUUCCACAGGGCCAUCUUGCAGAGGACGGUUUUGGACCACAGGGCUCUGCUAAACAGGAGUCUGCGCAGGGAGAUUUUGCACUGGAUGAUUUUGGGCGGGGGGUAAUGGCACUAAUGGCAGCGAGGGGCGUUGAGCAGGGUGUAUUCACGCAACGAGCAAUUGUAGCCAUGCGACAAGCAAUUUUUGGGGGAGGCGCGGACCUGGCUACUUUGUUGGACUCCGUAAGCCCAAAAGACAUCAUCCCGCAGGACUGCGUUUCUCAGAGCAGUUUUGCUCCGGAAAAUAUUGCGUCGGGUGGCUUUUCACAGUCGGACAAUGCGCAAGGUAGUCCGCAGGGAGAUAUGGGACAAGGAUGUAUCGCACUGGAACCACUCUUUUUGCAGGACAUCCCAAAAGACGUUGGUGCAUGGCAGGACGAGCCCUAGCAAGGCAUCGGACUAGGAGAUCUUGAGGAGGAUCUCGCUGUGCAGGGAGGUUCUGAGGGAGAACAGACCUAGGACAAUAUGGCAUGGGACUCCGUGGCGCCGCACUCUCUUUUGGAUCGCAUAUCGUCGAUACUGUAUGACGCCUACAGUGAUGUGCCAGACAGUCAGGGGGAGGCUCGCCUAUGGCUGAACUGGCCAUAUCACGCAGAGCUGGGUGCCCCCCCGACGCGCAUGCACCCUUUCCAACAACAACGCACAGGGCCUAACGGG